AUGCCGAAAUCGUUCUUGAUUAAGAAGGGAAAAGAAUAUGGAAGUCUGCCAUCAAACUCCUGCCUCCAAAAAAACUCGACUGUUACCGAAGGUGAGUUCUGUUUCCAUUUUUUCCAAAAAUUCAUUAUCAGGUUAAAUUUAUUUUGAGGGUCUCGAAGCUGUCGAUCUUUUAUUUUUUUUCAAUUUCUGACUGCUUCGUUUUUGCGCCCUGGCCUGGCUGACAGAGAAAUUUGUUGAUUGUAUUCUUGUUUUAGUAACACCUGUUGGUUUUUUGCACUCGCUUACCUUUUCAGGGACCGCGAGUGAGUCGGGAAAAUCAUCAGCUUCGCAAAACUUGCCACAAAGCAAGCAGAAACGCCGUGAAAUUUCUAAAACAGUGAGAGGAAACGCGGAAGAAGCAACUUUGGACGAAAACGGCAAUUACGUGGAGGACAUAAACGAGAGUCGUUCUGAUGGACGCCACAGAGGCGCUGAGAACGCCAUUGGCGGUCGAAGCCGGUAUGUUUGUGCUGAAUGUGGUAAGUCGUAUGCCACAUCUUCGAAUCUCUCUCGACACAAACAGACCCACAGAAGCUUGGACAGCAAGCUCGCCAAACGCUGCGAGCACUGUGGCAAGGCGUAUGUCUCAAUGCCGGCGUUGGCGAUGCAUGUUUUAACUCACAAGCUUCUUCAUAAGUGCGACGUGUGUGGAAAAGCCUUUAGCCGACCCUGGCUUCUGCAGGGACAUAUGAGAUCUCAUACGGGAGAACGGCCGUUCUUGUGCCCUGAAUGCAAUAAAGCGUUCGCGGAUCGUUCGAAUCUACGGGCCCACAUGCAGACGCACUCGCCGCUGAAACAGUUCAAGUGCGACCGCUGUGAUCGAACGUUCGCUUUGAAAUCAUACCUCAAUAAGCACGCAGAAUCUGCUUGUGCUCGAGACGUAGCUGUAAGCAAGUAGUAUUAGAUUCGUCAAUUUCUAGAAUCCGUGGCAUUCAAAGCUAGAGCGGUCACCAAAUUGUGUAUAUGUAGUUAAGGUAGCCUUGUGAUCGUGUAAUUUUAUUGGUCGUAUAACCUGUGGAGCUAGCUACCGUUUAUCUUGCUUACAAGAUGUGCGGAGAAAUUGUAGAUUUUACAGUGUAAAAAAUGCGGUAAGGAGCCAGUAGAAAAUCGUACCGGUGAAUUUUCGGACGCUUGUCGCCAUCAAUCUGCUUUAAUGUCUUUCUUCACUUGACCACGUCGAGCGUCAAGAGAUUUUACCUAUUCUUUCUGGGAGAGAAAAAAAUAUAUAUUGCCUCUUAAGGUAGGUAGUUCCUGCCGUUUAGCCAAGUAAAAUGUGAGAUACAUUUUCACACAGCUCUAGCGAAAAGUUUAUUAGACUCGAAAGCAUUGAGCGAUGGCUAAAAUUGUUUACUCGUCAUCCCACCAAGGGCUCGAUUUCAUUUGAAAUCUCACCGAAAAUAUAAACCAAAAUUAAUUUGGUACAUAGGAAAUCCCUUUUGGCUUACCUCGAAGCAGUUGUUUUUCUUUUAGAAACUAAUUUUUUUUUUCGUGUUCAUAAUUCUUCACAAACUUUGACUAAUUUUUAGGGGAUAAAUUCGCUGUUAAUUUUGACUUGUUGGUUCAGUUGGAUUUUGUAUUCUCUAGCCUUAGGUUUUUAAUAUUUAUAAGGGGCCAUUUCCUUUACGUUGAAGUGAAUAAUCUGGCCAUGUCGGUAAUUUUUACAGCUUUUUAAACAUAAAUAUACAGCUGAAAUUUUAGCAAAGGAAAAUAAUUUUUUUUCUAUUUUUCGGGUUGUAGAUCGACCCUGCCAACGGCAUACAGUCUCACUGCUAGGCAGUUUUUAUUCCAUAAAUUAAAAUCCAUAAUUUAUUCCUCCGCUAAAAACCACGUCUUUUGAAUAAAGUAAUUGUAUUGAAAACUUAUAUACAUUUAAGAUCUUUGGUGUGCGGUUUUGAAAUGAUACCAUUACACUUGGAUUUUAAAAAUAACGAUUUUUUUUUUCCUUUCGUUUGCCUCGUAAGGACAAAAAUGUUAAAAUGGUUUAAUUCUCAAAUGAAUUGUCAGUUUAGUUCUUGUAAUGAAAAAGAUCGAUCAGAGCGUGGCAACAAGAGAGUUUCAUGUCUGUUUCGUUUUUUAUGUUCACCAUAUUGUCAUGUCUGCUGAACGUGAUCUGAUAUUUUAGAGAUACCAAAAUGCACUUGUUUUGCGUCGAAACCUUAUUCCUCGAAAUCAAAAUGAGGUGCUUAUCCGUUUGUUUGAAUUUCUGCCAAGUAAAUACCUGUUUGAUCUGACCAUUUAUGUUUGUGCAAAAGCCUUACUCGAAAAAAAAAAAACUCUGGUAAUUGCUUAUUUUCUAUGUAAUUGGAGAAAAUGAAAAAUUUUUUUAAAGUGUGUAUUACACAUGUCUCGCUGUUUUUUCCUCCACAUGCCAAGAAUUUUUUACGGUUGAUAGAUAGUUUUGCGUCCUUGCAUUCAAUUUUUUUUAGAUUUUCGUAUUUAAUUUUGAAUUUACUUACGUUCGGAAUUCUGCUGAAAUAAUAACGAGUUACUUCUCUUUUGUUUUAAAUUU